GAGUCUGGAUCUUUAGCAUUUAGUGACCACGCAACUUAUUCCCCCAAUUUCCCACGCUGUGACGGGCAGGAGAGCCACUGGACAAAGGCCAGCUACAACAGUCGUACACACACACACACACACACACACACACACACACACACACAGACACACAUUCACACACCCUCGUACGGCGUAGAAAGCAACAACAAAUACGACGAACGGAGGCCAACAUCACCUGCUGGAAAAAUGGAGGCGGAUGGACUAACAAACGACCAAACGGAGAAGGUGCUCCAGUUCCAGGAUCUUACCGGCAUCGAGGAUAUGAACGUGUGCCGCGACGUCCUUAUCAGACAUCAAUGGGAUCUCGAGGUGGCCUUCCAGGAGCAACUAAAUAUCCGCGAAGGCCGACCCACUAUGUUCGCCGCCUCCACGGACGUGCGAGCGCCCGCUGUGAUCAAUGACCGCUUCCUGCAGCAGGUGUUCUCCGCCAACAUGCCCGGCGGACGGACAGUGAGCAGGGUGCCCAGUGGCCCCAUACCCCGCAGCUUCACCGGAAUCCUGGGCUACGUGAUCAAUUUCGUGUUCCAGUACUUCUACUCUACGCUGACGAGCAUUGUAAGCGCAUUUGUAAACUUGGGCGGUGGCAAUGAGCCGCGAUUGGUCACGGAUCCGCUUGGGGACGUGAUGAAGUUCAUCAGGGACUACUACGAGCGCUAUCCUGAGCAUCCGGUCUUCUACCAGGGCACCUAUGCCCAGGCUCUGAACGAUGCCAAGCAGGAGCUGCGCUUCCUCAUCGUCUAUCUGCACAAGGAUCCCGCCAAGAACCCCGACGUGGACUCAUUCUGCCGCAACACACUCUCCUCCCGCUCAGUCAUUGACUAUAUCAACACAAACACCCUGCUGUGGGGCUGCGAUGUGGCCACGCCAGAGGGCUACCGGGUGAUGCAGUCGAUUACGGUAAGGAGCUACCCGCUGAUGGUGAUGAUCAGCCUACGGGCGAAUCGAAUGAUGAUCGUGGGACGUUUCGAGGGAGAUUGUACGCCGGAGGAGCUGCUGCGUCGCUUCCAAUCGGUGACGGCUGCCAAUGAAGUGUGGCUGAGUCAAGCACGUGCGGAUCGUUUGGAGCGCAACUUCACACAGACACUGAGGCGGCAGCAGGACGAGGCCUACGAGCAGAGUUUGCUGGCGGACGAGGAGAAGGAGCGUCAGCGACAGAGAGAACGGGAUGCAGUGCGACAGGCGGAGGAGGCUGAGGAGCAAGCGCGACGUGAUGUGGAGCUGAGAAAAGAGGAAAUUGCUCGGCUAAAGAUCGAGCUAGCGACGCUAGUGCCAUCGGAGCCGCCAGUGGAUACUGUGGGCGCUAUUGCCGUCGUGUUUAAGCUGCCCAGUGGUACGCGACUCGAACGGCGUUUCAAUCAGACGGAUUCGGUGCAGGACGUUUAUCACUAUCUCUUCUGCCAUCCCGAUUCGCCGGAUGAAUUCGAGAUCACAACGAAUUUCCCGAAAAGGGUGCUUUACUCGAAGGCUGACGUGGACACCGCCGAGGGCGCCGCCAACGAUGCGCUGAACAAGACCCUCCAUGACGUGGGCCUCAAGAACCGCGAGGUGCUGUUCGUCAACGAUCUGGAAGCGUAACCAAGCUAGCACCACCUACCAAAUGUUAGAUUCAAGCAUCGUGUUACCAGCUGCAACGCAUUACCAAAACUUGAACCAAGUUUUAAGUAGUCGUAGUCCAACAACGUCCAAGUCGGAGGAUAAACAAAAUGAAACUAUUCCUAAUUUAAUCAUGAAUAUUAAUAUAUAAAUAAUUGUUUAACAAUGCUUAGGUUGAUUCUCUCUUGUAAUCUAUGACCCCUGACCUCUGCCACCACCCACCCGAUGCUCCUGCUAAGUAAAAAUUCUUUCCAGAUUUAGUUCUUUCCGUUUCCCUUCACAAUUAAGCAAUUUUGUUAUGUUAGCUGUACUUAUACUUCCGUCUAUUUAAUCAAAAUAGAGCCAGAGUCUUAUUGUUUUAUAAAGAGUUUGAAUAUAUAAUAUGAAUGUGGUCGAGAAUUGAAUAAAUUGAAGUUAUGAAUAUUCA